AUGAAAUUUGUCUUGAUCUUGAUUAGCUUGUGUAUAUAAAUACAUGCCAUCACUCUAUAAUUACAUUAAGUUGGAGGAUGCACUUGUGAAAUGUCAUCUGUAUAAACAGAAUGCAUUCCUAGUACAUGUGAUUGGAAUGCUACAACCUCAAAAUGCACUCAAAAAACUUGUGAUAAAUUUACAGUUGAAAUGUGUGAUCAAUUACCUGAUUAUCUGAAAUGUGCUUGGAAGGAUAAUUCAUGUUAAACAUUCACAAAAUGUUCAGAUUAUGCAUAUAGUGAUGGAUUCAAAUGUUUUAGAGUAGGUCCUUGUUAAGCUGUUUUUAAGAAGAAUUCAUCAGGAUUAUAUCCAUGCACAGAUAAAACAAAUGACUCAAUGCAUAGUAUUGAUUCAUGUGCUGGAAUAGAUUAAGUAGGAUGUAUAGAAACAGUAUAAGAUGAUGGAAAAGUUUGCUAUUGGAAUCCAAGCACAUCUACUUGUGAAGCUUGGAGUAGUAGUGCUUGCAGUAAUUUUGAUAAUACAAGUUAAUCUGCAUGUCCAAAGUUUUCUUGUGAUUAUAAUGCUACAACAGGUAAAUGUACAACAAGAACUUGUGAUAUAAUUACUGUUGAAGCUGCUUGUACUAUGGUUUGGGAUAUCACAUAAUAAGUUGCUACCUAAUGUAAAUGGGUAAAUUCUAAAUGCAUGGAAUUUGAUUAUUCCACUUUGACAUAAUCUACAUGUUUAAUGGGAUCUAGUUUAUCAUAUAAGUGGAAUUCAUCAACAUCUAAGUGUGAAGUAUGUGCAUAACCAAAAAGUGAUGACGAUACAGAUGAUACAUCAUAUUCUAAUAUGGUUUAAGGAGUCUUAGCCAUAUUGAUGUUUAUAAAUAUAUGA